UCCACCUGGGAUGAAACACAAGCCACACGCAUGUCCGAUGGGCUUCAGGACUUGCUUAGCAACAGCUCACGGCUCACUGAAACAGACACGCUGGGUCUCGAUGAUGUCUUCACCAUCGUCUCUCGCAAGGAGUGGGGAGCAGCAGCUGUUGGCUGCAGCGCCCAGCUGACCCUGCCAGUGGAUUUCCUCAUCACCCACCAUGUCCCUGGGCUGGAGUGUCACAGCCAAACCACGUGCAGUCAGAGGCUCCAGGAGCUGCAGGCCCACCACGUGCACAACAACAGCUGGUGCGAUGUGGCCUACAACUUCCUGGUUGGGGAUGAUGGCGGGCUGUAUGAAGGUGUCGGCUGGCACGUCCGGGGCACGCACACCCAGGGCUAUAGCAACGUCUCCCUGGGCUUUGCCUUCUUUGGCACUGAGGAAGGCCGCAGCCCCAGCCCUGUUGCCCUGUUAGCCAUGGAGGGCCUGAUCUCCAGCGCUGUCCAGAAGGGCCACUUGUCACCCAUGUACGUUCAGCCACUUCUUGUGAAAGGCGAGAACUGCCUGGCCCCCCUGCAGAAGGCAAGUCCCAAGAAAGCUUGCCCCAGCAUUGUCCCGCGGGCUGCUUGGGGGGCCAGGGAGACCCACUGCCCCAAGUUGAACCUCCCAGCUAAGUACACCAUCAUCAUCCACACCGCUGGGAGAACCUGCAACAGGUCUGCCGAGUGCCACCUGCUGGUCCAAGAUAUCCAGUCCUUCCUCAUGGAGAAAUUGAACUCCUGCGACGUUGGGUAUAACUUCCUCGUGGGCCAGGAUGGGGCCGUUUAUGAAGGAGUGGGCUGGACUGUCCAAGGCUCCCACACUCGUGGUUACAAUGACAUUGCCCUGGGCAUCGCCUUCCUGGGCACCUUCUCAGGGCCGAGGUCCACGCCCUCCCUGUCUGUGUCCUGGGACCACGUGCGGAUGCUGCCCUGGCUCCUUGUCUUCUCUGCUCUGGGUCUCGGGGCCUGGGGGGAUUCCCCGUGGCUCUCCCAGAAUGAAACCCAAGCCAGUGGACUGUCAGAGGGGCCUCAGGACCUGUUUGUGGGCAUCUCUCAGCUCAUUCACAAGGGUCACAAUGAUGCUCCCCCCAUUGUCUCCCGCAAGGAGUGGGGGGCGAGAUCGCUGACCUGCAGGGCCCGGCUGAUCCCUCCUGCGGCCUACAUCAUUGUGGACCAGCUCACGGGGAUGGAGUGCCAGGAGCAGAAAGUUUGCAGCCAGAUGCUGCGGAGCCUUCAGUCCUAUUCUGUCUACACCAAAGGCUGGUGUGAUGUGGCCUACAACUUCCUGGUCGGGGACGAUGGCAGGGUGUACGAAGGUGUUGGCUGGAACGUCCAAGGCGUGCACACCCAGGGCUGCAACAGCGCCUCUCUGGGCCUUGCCUUCUUUGGCAAUAAGAUAGGGAGCAGUCCCAGUGCCACUGCCUUAUGGGCUACAGAGAACCUGAUCUCCUAUGCCAUCCAGGGGGGUCACUUGUCACCCAGGUAUAUUCAGCCACUUCUCUUGAAAGAAGAGAUCUGCCUGGCGCCUCAGCAGCCACUGAUGCCCAGGAAAGCUUGCCCUGACAUCAUCCCACGGUCAGUUUGGGAGGCCAGAGAAACACACUGCACUAAAAUGAACCUUCCAGCCAAAUAUGUUGUCAUCAUCCACACUGCUGACCCAACUUGCAAUGUAUCCAUGGACUGCCAGAUUCGCAUCCGAGACAUACAGUCCUUCCACAUGGACACACGGAACUUCUGUGACAUUGGAUAUAACUUCCUGGUGGGUGAGGACGGUGGUGCUUAUGAAGGGGUUGGCUGGGAGAUCCAAGGUGCUCACACGUACGGAUACAACGAUAUCGCCCUGGGAAUUGCCUUCAUAGGCAACUUUGUAGGUGCCCCACCCAACGCUGCAGCUCUGGAGGCAGCCCAGACCCUGAUCCAGUGUGCCGUGGCCAAGGGGUAUUUGAGUCCCAACUACCUGCUGGUGGGUCAUAGUGAUAUCAGCAAAACCCUCUCUCCUGGGAAGGCUUUGUACAACAUCAUUAAGACUUGGCCCCAUUUCAAACACUGAGACACCCACCCCUGCUCCUCUGAGAGUGUUCCCCACACCCACCAGGCCACCCCUGCUCUCACCCUGCACCUUGACUCAACCCCUCAUGUCCUGUCCCUCCUUUCUCAGGUAGUAUGACCCUCUCCUGUCGGUGUCCCCCAGCUGUCCCCAAACUCUCAGGCGCAGCCUCCCUCCCUCCUCACCUCCUUCCCCUGGGUGCCACCUCCUCAGCCAGACGAGGCUACAGGCUGUGACUUCUUGUCCCUCAGCACGUGCCCUUCUGCCCCUGUGCCCUCCUGUGUCUGCCUGCAGCCCCCAGCCUCAUGCAUGACUCAGGCCA